AUGUUGGCGCAGAGGGAAUACAAGCGGAGGCAUGAUAAUGUUGCCAAGUAUGUACAUUGGCGCCUCUGUGAAAAAUAUGAACUGGACAAAGCCAACAAAUGGUAUGAUCAUAAGCCGGAUGGGCUAAUUGAGAAUACUAAUUAUAAGAUCUUGUGGGAUGUCAUGAUUCAGUGUGACAGGGAGAUUGAGGCCCGCCGACCGGGCAUCGUUGUAGUGGACAAGCAAAAAAGAGAGGUUAAAAUCAUAGAUAUUGCAAUACCUGGAGAUGUCAGAGUAUGCGAGAAAGAGAUAGAAAAGAUUGAUAAGUACAAACCAUUGAAGGAUGAGAUUGCACGAGAUUGGGAUAGAAAUUUGUAUCGAGCAUGUACAGAAAACAGCGCUACUUGGGACAGCAAGAGUAUUAAGAUUGGUACUUGGUUCCUAAAAAAAUCUGGUUCAGAGGCCUCUUAUGAUCCCUCGAAAGGCCUCGAGCCUAGGUCACUCCUGGGAAUAAAACCGGAGGGCCAGUACUAA